UUCUCCAUCUCAUUUGCCGAUCCUCUUUUUUCUUUUUAGAAAUUUCUUUGUUUAGAUUUGUUAGAUUUUUAUUUAAAAACCAGACAUUUUAUAUAUUUCGACUAUUUUUUCUUAAUUUCGUUAAUUUUUUAUUUAGCAUGGUGGAAUAUAUAUAUAUUAUUAUUUUUUAUUAAAAUAAAGCCAUCAAAUGUGUUAAGAGAUGUUUAUCUUUUUUAGCUUUAUAAAUAAGAGACCUUAGUUAAAUUGCUUUUUGCCAAAUUUGAUUGACAUAAUGCAAAAUAUAAAAAAUGACAGCUUUCUCGAUCAGAAAAUGAUUGAGAACUAGUAGGCCUUCCACUAUGUUCCAUUUUGUCGGACUUCUCCGUUGUUCCAUUUUGUCGGUUUUCUCCUAUGUACCGUUUUGUCGGAUUUCCCCUAUGUACCAUUUUGUCGGAUUUCCUCUAUGCUCCAUUUUGUCGGCCCUUCCAUAUGUACCAUUUUGUCGGAUUUCUCCUUUGUUCCAUUUUGUCGGACUUCUAUAUGUACCAUUUUGUCGGACUUCUCCUAUGUAUCAUUUUGUCUUUUUUGUAUCAAACUAGACGU